ACACCUUACGACGCAUAAACGGACCGUAUACGGCCGUAAUAUCGGGCACAGAAAUACGGCCCUAUCAUAAUGAGAUUACGCCCCGUAUACGGUGCCGUAUUACUGUGCCCAUGAUUACGAGAAAAUACGGUCCGUUUACGGUGCCGUAUGAAGCAAUUUACGGUGAAAAUACGAAUAGCCGUAUCUAUAGACCUGGGAAAUUAAAGAAUUAAAAAUUAAAGCAAACGCAGCAACAAAACAAAAACAAUUCAAGAAAGCAACAAAACAAAAACAAUUUGAGGAAGCAACAAAACAAAAACAAUUUGAGGAAGAAGAAGCAACAAAACGGAAACAAAUUGAAGAAGUAGAAGCAACAAAACGAUUAAAAAUCGUAUGCGAACAAUGGUCAUCAUUAACGAAUAUUAACUCGGAAGAAUUUUCAUGUUCUCAUGAUUUUUAUAAUUUUUGUGUAAAGAAAAAUAUACGUGAAUUCGACGUUAAUUAUCUAUUAAUAGAUAAUGAACAUUUUAAUAAUAAUGUACAGUUGUGUAUUGAAAAUUAUUUAAAUAAUGUUUUGCAAUUGUUGAAAAAACCAGAAAGACAAUGUCAAGAAUUAUUUAAUAGAUUUAUAAUGGAAUUAUUAUUAAUAUUUAAUGAUUGUACACAAUUAAAAUUGAUGAAUGUAUCAAAAUAUAAUUUGAAAGAAAAGUAUUAUGAUUUUAAAUUUAUGUUUAAAAAUAUUAAAAUCAAUAUAAAUGAAGACGAUAAAUGUCUUGAUGAUUUUAUUGUAUAUGUUGGUGAAUUAAAAACUUUUAAUAUUCGUAUAAAAGAUAAAUCUGCCAAUGGACAAACAUUACAAUAUUUACAAAGAUUAUUAGAUAUACAAGGUCGUAAAAAAAUCUAUGGUUUUUUAACAAAUAUUACGCAUAUAAGAUUUUUUUAUGUUGAAAAGGAUCCAAUUUUUGGUGUAUAUAAUUAUUUUAAAAGUCGAACUUUAAAAAUGCUUGAUUAUUCAUUUAAAGAAAUAAGAAAAACAAAUAUGAAAACAACAACAAUAAAUAAACAAUUAAGACAAAUAUAUCUUAAUAAAGAUACAUGGAUAAUAUUUACAAAAUUUGUAAUAAUGAAUAUAGACUUUUAUCAAUAUACAACAUUAAUUGAAAAUGAUAUUAAUAAAUUAUUUAAUAAUAAAUAUGAUAUUAUAAGAAAAUUAGAUUAUGGUCAACAAUGUGUUAUAAAAAUUUGUAAACAAACAAAAUAUUUAUCAUUAUAUUUAAAUGAAAUUAAAAUAAUGAAAGAAUUAAAUAUUUCAAAUAGAUUUAAUUUGUUCUUUGAAAAUAUUAUAGAUUCAUCACCAACAGGUAAUAUUAGUUUUUAA